ACUGUUAAGACACUGAAUACAGUUGCCGACCACAGACGCUCCAGUAGAAAAGUAAACAAAAUGGAAAACAACGAAAAUCCGGAACCUGCUCUUUCCGCACCCGACAGCUUUCUGCGUCUUAAAAUUCGUGAAUAUGCCCAGAAACAACGCCACAAUCAGCGCGAUCAGGCCACAGAUGCCUUUCGCUUUGGCCUGGGUCAGAUUAGGCAGGAAAUAACCGAAUUGGAUAACUUGAAAAUAAAAGAUGUUCAAGGAUUGGCGGCCAGAAUCAAGCGACGCAAGCAUGCCACCUCCGAAAAUAUGUAUCGUUUGAGUCAUGCAUUUUUGCAGGGUAACGAAAAUAUUAAUUGUUUUGCUGCAAUUCCAGGAGCUAGCCAAGUGUUGGUCAAAGAGCUAACAGGUCCUAAUUUGGAGCGACAAAUCGAGGCGGCCGAAUGCUUUUGUAACUACUCUCUAGGCGAACCUCAUGUGGCUGAGAAGAUAUCAACAAUGGCUGGCAGCUAUUUGGUCACAUAUUUGGAUAGCAAUGAGCUGCGUCUAAAACGUAGCUGCCUUUGGACAUUGACCAACUUAAUAGCCACUUGUCCAAAAGCUGGAAAAACAUUAUUACAAAUGCAAUUGAUACCAAAACUGUGGAAACUUUAUGUCUCCGAUUAUGAUGAACUCCACACUGAUGCAGAGAUCUCUUUAAAUCUUUUGGCUACCACUAUAGAUGGAAUCAGUCCAGAAGAUUGUCAUUAUCUUAGCGAGCAUAUGAUGGAAAAGCGUCCAUCGGAUUUGCACGGAGAAUACUACAUGUUUCUUCUUUACCAAUGGGAAAUUGAGUGUAAAACGCAAAAACAGGCCGAAUACUUGAUAGAUUUCUUUCUAAACCAAAAGGAAAUUAAUUAUAAUAAUAAUUGGAGUAUUCGAUAUGGGAUACGUCUGCUAGCCAAUGUGUUUUACAAACACCCUGAACUAAUACAGAAUUUUUCGAAUUUCGAACAAUUUGCAAAUAAGUUAAAUCAAUUAUUUGCAAAACGGGAUCAGGAACUCAAUUUCGAGUUGCUUAGAAUGCUGCGAAACUUGAUGGAAUUAAAACUUUGUAAUAAUAAUUUAUGGUUAAAUGAACUAAAAUUCUAUGGUUAAGCUGAGUUGAUUAAGGGUCUUAUCUGAUCACACUUAAAUAUUAGCAUAUGAUUAGAAAACAAAACAAAGUCCCAAUUAUACAAUGUAUAUUUCAAUUCAAAUAGUGAAAGUCUCUGCAAGAGGCUAUAAACUAUACAACAAAAGGAACUACCACAAUCGCUUUAUUUAAGAACUUAAUGAAAUAAUUAAGAGUAAUUAAGAAACCCUUGUUACCAGUUAAAUUACAAAGAUAUUUAAUCUUUGAUUCGUCAAAGUUUAUUGAGUCGUUUACAAUACUUUUUAUGAAUAAAGCAUACAAAAAGUGAUAUACGAUGCGAUGGAAAAAUAAAUAAAUUAAGUGAUAAACAUAUAAAAUGAUUGUAAAAAAAAUUAAAAAUGUAUAUAACAAAUCUCUAUUUUGAGAAUUGCUUGUUGUAAACUGUCACAGAACAAAAUGUGUUUGAACUUAUUGGUAUAAUAUACACAAAAAUCUAAAACUUA